CAGUGACGUGAUGGCGGCCGCGCUGGUGCUGCUCCUGGCGGCGGCGCUGAGCGGCGAGGCGGCCUACCAGCGCUGCGACCAGGGCUGGGCGGGCCCCGCCUGCCGGCACUGCGGCGGCAAGGCGCGCAGGGUCAGCAACAGCGUGAUAACGGAUGGCAUGGGGCCGUACCCGGCGGGCACCACAUGCAGCUGGCUGGUGGUCGGCCGCCAAAACACCACCGUGCGCCUGCUACUGGAGCACUUCGAGAUGGAGUGUGGCUCCAGCCACCUGUACGUGCAUGAUGGAAGGGGCAUGGACGCGCCACUCGUCGCCGUGCUCACGGGAGUGCUUCAUCGCAACGACCACCACGUCGCCAGGUCCCACGAGAUCGUGACGCACUCUGGAUACGCCUUCGUGCACUACACGGCUCACACUGACGUCAACACUUCAGCCUUCAAGAUAUCUGUGAAGGUGGGGUCCUGCCCCAGGGACGCAGAGGGGCGCGACUGCUCGGGCCACGGUCGUUGCGUGGUGACCACGUGCUUCUGCAACGAAGGCCACCAGGGGGAGGCCUGCGACGAGCCGUCCUGCCCCGGAGGCUGCUCGGGUUCGAGGAACGGAGAGUGCAACAGCAAGGGCACAUGCGACUGCAAGCAAGGCUUCACCGGCGAGGACUGCAGCCAGCGGACAUCUCUCGGCCAAUGGCAGGCGCCCCAGCCCAGCAACAGGGGCGUGGCGCCGCAGGGCUCCGCCUCCCACGCAGUGGUGCUGGCCUCCAGCAUGCUCUACGUGCUGGGCGGGGAGUCGUUCGGCUCGGCCGAGUUCGUCUAUACCUACCAGCUGCAGCGGAACAUAUGGAGAAGGCUGAAGACUAAUCAGACCCCAGCACCCAGAUACGGCCACACUGCUGUCAUACACGAUAACGUGAUCUACGUGUACGGCGGCACGCUGGAGAAGGGCGGCGUGACCUCGGAGCUGUGGGCGCUCGACCUCACCUCCAGGGCCUGGGAGAACGUCACGGUGACUCCGCCCGACUGCGCGCCGGCCGCCGCGUGCGGUCCAAUAGCUCUGGUGGGACAUUCGGCCAACGUCGUGUUCAAAGAGUACAUGGUGGUGUUUUUCGGCUACUCUCCACAAUACGGCAUCAUCAACACCGUGCAGGAAUUCCACUUUGGGAACCGCACGUGGAAGGCGGUGGACACCUACGACUACCCGGUGAGCGGCAGCUACGGCCACACCAGCAGCUGGGACGAGCUGUCGGGCCUGGUGUACGUGCUGGGCGGGUACCGGCGCGCCGGGCUGCAGCCUUCCAACGAGCUCUUCUCCUACGAGCCCAGGGAGCGCACCUGGAGACUGCUGCACCCGGCACCACUGGCCCUGUACCUGCACGCGGCCACCUUCACGUCGGGCGGCAUGCUGCUGGCUCACGGCGGGAACGGCCGCACCGCCGCGCCGGCCAGCAGCUGCCUCAGUCCGGCCGUGCUGAGCUACGACGUGCUGUGCGACAGCUGGGGUCGUCUGCCCGUGCGAUCCAAGCCUGCUCGCUCCGACCUGGCGCGCUUCGGUCACUCCGCCGUCGCCUUCGCGCGCUCGCUGGUCGUGUUCGCCGGCUACAACGGUCGCAUCAUGUCUGACCUGCUCAGGUUCAUCCCCGGCUCCUGCGAGACGAUGGACACGAUAGGCGACUGCGUGGACUCGCAACUCGGCGUCAAGUGCGUGUGGAACCACGAGCGACUGGCCUGCCAGUCUGUGGACAGCCUGCCCGAGCGACCUCGGGCCAGACCCGACCCGGUGCGAGACUCCUCCGAGGACCAGGAGCACCGGUACUGCAGGUACAACGAGUCGGCGGUGUCUGCCGUGGGCGAGGAAGUGUGUUCCAGGCAACCCGACUGUCUCUCCUGCACGUCCACGUCCUUCCACUGCGCCUGGCUCGACUCGGGCAAGUGCACCCUCAUAAAUGUCUCCGGCAAAAUGGCGAGGACAGCGAGCGACAAGUGCGUGGACCGCGAGAAGGCGCUGUGCGCGCGCCACGACACCUGCCGCUCCUGCGUGGCGGCCGUGGGCUGCGUGUGGGACGAGACAAUCUGCCGCGACUUCAACCGCUCCGUGGACGAUGCCGUGCCUAGCGCGGAGUCGUGUCCGGCGCCGUGCGACAGCCGCGACAACUGCGCCGACUGCACGCAGGACGGCUGCCUCUGGUGCGAGAGCGACGGCCGCUGCGUGGACCCGGAGGCGGAGGUGAUCUCGUACCCGUACGGCCAGUGCCUGCUGUGGGCGCGCGAGGCGACCCGCUGUCCGGCUACAGGGGAGUCGUGGUGCCAGGGGCACCUGACCUGCGCCGACUGCAUACAGGAGCCCGCGUGCGGCUGGUGUGACGACGGGCCACUGUCUGGAGGCACGGGCUCGUGUAUGCCCGGCGGCUUCAAGAACACAGAGGCAGACUUCUGCCGCGCCCGCUUCUGGCACUUCGUCGACUGCCCCGACUGCCAGUGCAACGGGCACAGCAACUGCUCCUACGGGGUGUGCAACCAGCCGUGCGCAGACAGGACCCACGGCCUUCACUGCGAAACCUGCGACGCCUGGUUCCACGGCAACCCGCUCAACGGCGGCCGGUGCUCGGCCUGCAGCUGCUCCGGGGACGCCGUGGACUGCGAGGCGGCCUCGGGCCGCUGCGUCUGCUCCACGCGGGGCGUGACCGGUGCCCGCUGCGAGGCAUGCGACCCCGAGCACGGCUUCCUGGAGGACCCCGAGCUGCCCGGCACCUGCUUCUACGACUUGCCGGUGAACUACCAGUUCGUGUUCAACGCCAGCGAGGACGACGAGCCAUUUCAGAACAUAAACUUCAUCAGCGUGCCCCUGACCGAGAAGAUCAACAUGACCUUCAGGAUAGAGUGCCUGAACCACGCACUCAUGAACAUCACUGUCAGAACAGCCAGCGGCACGGAGAAGUUCCUGGUGACGAACCACCAGUUCUCGGAGGAGCGGCCCUUGUUCGAGCGGAGGUUCCGGGUGCUGGAGGAGGCCUCCAAGGUGGUGGCAUUCCGCGUGCACCUGCGCGAGCUGGCGUGGCCCGCCCAGCUGAGCCUGAGCUUCUCACAGGCCGCCGCGUGGCCGCGCAGCAUGCAGUACGCGCCCGUCGCUCUGUCGUUCUCCAUGUUCGUGGUGGUGUCUGCCCUGUCGUCUAAGUAUUUCUAGAAGGAAAUAUUGUAACGAGUAUUACACAAUGUUAAAAUGUGUAUAAAAUUACAUUUUCUGUUAA